ACCAAUAGUUGUUCCAAUAAAUGGGAGAGAUGUGUCAACUCUUUUAGGACUAAACUUGUUUUACAGAGGAAUUUUUUUGCAAAUUAAAGAAAUUUGGUUUGUGGCUGCUGACAUUGAUAAGAUGUUUCGAAUGUGAAAGAGAACAGGAUUUUUGCAAGGUCUUUGAAAAAUGAAACUGAAAUGAAACUGAAAAGGACCCACACAGCCUUCUUAUGGAAAAUGUGUCACAUUUACACCAUUGGGGAAAUUGAAAUAGUUGGUGGUGAUUGUGAUUUAGAUGAGAAACACUAGAGUACUCUAUGGCAUAGUGCCAUUCAGAAGUGUUACUAGGUUAUGAGAGAGGAUAUGUCCAUUUUAGAGUGGUUUGUCGAUAUACUUUCAGUGGUAAUCUUUUCUUUUUAUGAGUAAUAUAACCAUUCAUUACAAUAUAAAUUAUUUUUUGAUAGUACCACUAAAUGCACAGAAUUAGUUGAGUGGGCAUCUUUGUUGUGGAUGUUUACAUCCCAAAGGGUGGCCCUGCAUGUAUGAAUAUUCCUCUGUAUCCACAAUUCUGUUCCAGCCAUAUACAAAAUGGUAUUCAUGUUUUCCAGGCGGUGUGGAAAGCACAGCUGCACCUUGCUUUCCUUGGCUAUUGGAGCAACAUGAUAAGGCAGCUUUGUGAGUCUCCACCAUGUCAUAUCUACCCCUGAAAAUAGAGUUUAUGCAAGCUGGGGAGAGAAAAGAACGUAGGAUCCUUCCAUGUAUUCCCAGGGUGCUUGUGUGGCAUGCCAGAAAUUCAACAGAAUGGAUGUGGAGGAUCCUCUUUGCAAGCUCAGUGCUUAACCUGACUGAACUUGUUGCCCUUCGGCCUGACCUUGGCAAAUUGAAAAAGGUCCUUUACUUCCAUGAGAACCAAUUGACAUAUCCUGUCCAGAAAUGUCAGGAAAGGGACUUCCAGUAUGGAUACAACCAGAUUCUUUCAUGUUUAGUUGCUGACAUUGUGGUGUUCAACUCUGCUUAUAAUAUGGAGUCAUUUUUAACAUCUAUUGGAAAAUUCAUGAAGCUGAUACCUGACCAUAGACCUAAGCAUCUGGAAAAGUUAAUCAGGCCAAAAUGCCAAGUCCUUUACUUUCCCGUGAAGUUCCCUGAUAUAAGCAGGUUCAUGCCAGAACACAAACUACCUCAUAUUGAGAAGGCACCAGAUUCUGAAGGAACUGGAGAUACGUGCCUGUUUAUGGCUCUGCCUUUCCAAGAAAAGAGUGGUGGAACUACAGGUUUAAGAAACAGCAACACUUUGGGCUGUGGGUCUGAACAGUCUGAAUUACAAUCUGAGCAAAGUUCCUCCUGGCCAGAGACACCACAGAACCAACCAGCAACAUUAGAGAAAGUGGAGAAGCCGGUAUCUUCUAAAAGCCCAAAACCUUAUCAAAGGGAAGAUAGUCAAAGUGUGACUUUUAACCUUACCAUUGUCUCAGAUAGCUCAGGCUGUCAGCAGAAACCUUUGCACAUUGUUUGGCCUCACAGGUGGGAACAUGAUAAGGAUCCGGAAAGUUUCUUUAAGGUACUCCUGAGAAUGAAAGAGAUAGAACUGAGUUUUCAUGUGUCAGUUCUUGGAGAGACCUUCACUGAUGUUCCAGAUAUAUUUUCAGAGGCCAAAAAGACAUUGGGAUCGUCUGUCUUACACUGGGGCUACUUACCUAGCAGAGAUGAGUAUUUCCAAGUUUUGUGCAUGGCUGAUGUUGUCAUCUCCACAGCUAAACAUGAAUUCUUUGGCGUGGCAAUGAUAGAAGCAGUAUACUGUGGCUGUUAUCCGCUCUGCCCCAAAGCUUUGGUCUAUCCAGAAAUAUUUCCAGCUGAAUAUCUGUAUUCUACACCUGAACAGCUUUUUAAAAGGCUUCAGAAUUUCUGCAAGAGACCAGAUAUUGUAAGGAAACAUCUCUAUAAGGGAGAGAUGUCUCAGUUUUCUUGGGCAGCGCUCCGUGGUAAAUUCAGGUCUCUGCUCACAACAGAACCCCAGGAAGAUUUGUGACAGAUGGGGCUAAGUCACAAACUUGCAGCCUAAGGCAAAAUCUGUAGAACUUUCCAGAGUGUGCCCAUAUUUACCUGAUCAGAGAGAAAAGAAAAGCUGCAGAGGAAGCUCAGCCUGGCUGCUUGUCAUAGCUGACACAGAGCCAUCUGCCACAAACCUGUGGCGGCUUCAGAUCUCCAAUCCCUGCCACCACCCCGACUCAAAUUAAAUACAGAUUCCGAGAGACGUUACGAUGGUUACACAUGUCCUCGGCAUCACAUGCAGGAGACUGUUCAGAAAAAAAAAGAAGAAGAAGAGGAGAGAAAAGAAAUGUGGCCUGUUGUAUAACUGCACUCAUGUAUCCCAUAUGUGGUGCCACAUUGAAUUUCCGGUUGAAUCUGUUUCUCUCCUUUGUACUGGAUGACACGAUGCCUGAAUUCUUUCUCUUUGCUGACGUGAUGGCAGCCAAGAUUGCAGCUUCAAACGCUCGCUUCUUGGCUGCCUUUCCACCCAGGUUGCCAGGUUAUCACUGCAGCCUCACUGUGUCCUCCGAGGGCCACAGGGUCUGAAAGGAGGGCCAGCAUCACCUGGACUAAUUGGGCAGGCCUCUAGGAAUUGUUCUGAGGCAAAGGGCUGCUUUGCACUUUUUGUCUUCCCCUCUCUUUCUCUCCUCCCCCCUUUUGCAAAUUAAUGACUCUGUGGCACAGGGGUUUUUAAACGAAGGUAUUAAUAAGGGUCUGGCAGGUACUCCCAUGAUUCACAGAGCUACAUUUGCAUUUAAUUAAUCUUAAAGAAAGCUGCAAGAUAAACAGCUGUAAUUCAAACUAGCAUGGGAAAUAUGCUACAUGGUGCCAUCUAUCCGAUAAAAUGAAAGCUGAGACACUUGUUUUAUUUCUCUCAAGGUUGAAGAACAAACAGAUAGACGUCAGAAUGGUUUUACACACACACCAGUUGUUUUAACAUUACUGCCUGGCUCAUUUUAAGGGGGGUGGGAGGAGAACUUUGUAUCCACCUUACAAAUAUAAGCAGUUCAAGAGAAAUUCACUACUAUUCUAAGUCAAGUGGCUGCAUUUGUACAUGUUGAAUGUUUUGAAGAUUUGUACAGUGCUUUUUUAAUAAAGUGCCCACUGCAAUUUUUAA